AAGAAAUAUAUGCAGAGGUUCUCCUUCUGUUCCGGAAGAUUCGCUUUACCCGAUCGCCGUCCUCAUCGAUGAACUACGGAAUGAGGACGUACACUUACGACUGAACAGCAUUCGUAGGCUUUCAACUAUUGCACUUGCUCUUGGCGUUGAACGCACUCGUAACGAGCUCAUUCAAUUUCUAACAGAUACAAUUUAUGACGAAGAUGAAGUUUUACUAAUACUUGCAGAUCAACUGGGAAAUUUCACGCCCUUGGUUGGCGGUCCAGAUUAUGUUCACUGUCUUUUACCACCCCUUGAAAAUUUGGCAACUGUCGAGGAAACCGUCGUCAGGGACAAAGCAGUCGAGAGUCUACGAAAGAUUGCUGAUAAGCAUAGCAGUAGUGCUCUAGAAGAAUACUUUAUUCCAAUGUUGAAGCGCUUGGCGACAGGCGACUGGUUUACCUCGCGUACAUCGGCUUGUGGAUUGUUCAGUGUUGCGUAUCCACGAGUUAGUCCUGCAAUCAAAGCGGAACUGAGGAACUUAUUCCGGCAAAUGUGUCGUGAUGACACUCCAAUGGUUCGUCGUGCUGCUGCAUCAAAGCUUGGGGACUUUGCGAAGGUGUUCGAACGUGACUACCUCGUUGAGGAACUUCACUCAAUGUUUUCUGAUUUAGCUGCGGAUGAACAGGAUUCGGUGCGUUUGUUGGCUGUUGAAGGAUGUAUAGCGAUGGCAGGUUUGUUACCUGAAGAUAGUCGACGUGAAUAUGUUCGACCAGUACUCGUUGGACUCAUGGAUGACAAAAGUUGGCGUGUACGAUUUAUGGUUGCAGAAAAGCUGACUGAGAUACAAGAAGCUGUUGGCGAGGAAAUGGCUCUGUCUGACCUUGUUCCAGCUUUCACUAACCUCCUCAAAGAUGCGGAGGGCGAAGUUCGUGGUGCUGCUGCACAGAAGCUAAACAGUUGUUUUAGCGUUUUGUGCAAACCUGAAGAAAAGCGAGAGAGAGUCUGCCAUUCUGAACAACAUUCUCAUGUAAAAACUGAACUUGCCGGAGUUAUUAUGGGUUUGGCGCCGCUUGUUGGAAAAGAAAAUACCAUAUCACAGCUCCUACCAAUUUACAUGCAGCUGCUAAAGGACAGUACUGCCGAAGUCCGUCUGAACAUCAUUAGCAGUCUGGAUAAAGUGAAUGAUGUUAUUGGGGCAUCUCAGCUUUCGCAGUCGCUUCUCCCAGCGAUCGUCGAACUGGCCGAAGACGGUAAAUGGCGUGUUCGACUCGCCAUAGUGCAGUUCAUGCCGUUACUCGCUGCACAACUCGGACAAGCGUUCUUCGAUGAGAAAAUGCUCCCGCUUUGUCUUAACUGGCUGUGUGAUCAUGUCUACGCCAUACGUGAGGCUGCUACGUCAAUUCUGACAGAACUUGCUGGUAAAUUUGGUGGUGAGUGGGCAACGAAGAAUAUUAUGCCGAAGGUUUUAGCCUUGUCCAAGGACCUAAACUAUCUUCAUCGCAUGACUUGCUUGUUUUGUCUCAAUUCGCUAGCGGAAGCUGUUGGGCCGGAGCAAACUAUGAAAGAGAUUAUGCCGAUAAUUAACGAACUCAGCGAGGAUAACGUACCAAAUGUGCGCUUCAAUGUUGCUAAGGGCUUAAUGAAGAUUGGAAAGGUGGUGGACACAAGUACUCUUCAAAAUGAAGUGAAACCAAUCUUGAUGAAUCUUUCGAACGAUCCGGACUUUGACGUGCGAUUUUUUGCAGAGGAGGCAAAAACGAGCUUGAGCUUGCAUUAG